AUGCAGGGAAACGAAAGACAACAGGGAACUUGGUCCCCGGAUGAAACCCCAAGAAACUCAAGAUUAUACACCGAUAUCGAGCUUAACGGCGAUGAGAAGCACGACAGCCGAAGUCAAUCGCCUACAUCGACUUCGGCUUCUCACAGCGACAAUACCCCACAUCAUGGUCACCAGUACGAUGAUGGGCAACCAUUCCCGUGGAGGAGGCACAAACUUACCAUUCGACAACGGUUGCAGCAUUUCACGUGGGCCUGGUACACUCUAUCCAUGAGUACUGGUGGAAUUUCCCUUCUCAUUUUCGCCCUGCCAUUUCAGUUCACAGGUCUUAGUGUCAUCGGAUGGAUAUUUUAUAUUGCAAAUUUGAUCAUCUUCACUUGCAUCACUGCUGCAAUGCUCAUGAGGUUCAUGUUCCAUAAGGGCACAUUUUCGGCGUCCCUGAAACAUGAACGAGAGGGAUUUUUCUUUCCAACUUUUUGGCUCUCGGUUGCUACACUGAUCACGAGCACCCAGCGUUAUGUCAUUCAACCUCACGACUCAAAUCUUCUCUGGGCAAUCCAAACCGUAUUUUGGGGAUAUGCUAUCUGUACAUUUGCGCUUGCCGUAGGACAGUAUUGCUUUGUCUUCUCAGCCCACAACUUCGGACUUGGUACAAUGAUGCCAACAUGGAUUCUACCUAUCUUUCCUAUUAUGUUGACGGGUACUAUCGCUUCUGUUAUCGCUGAGACACAGCCGGAGAUCGGAAGAAUUCCGAUUCUUGUUGCUGGUCUGACCUGUCAAGGUCUCGGGUUGUCGGUCGCAUUCAUGAUGUACGCACAUAUGGUCGGCCGCCUUAUGUCCGUAGGACUCCCAAAUAGAGAGCACAGACCUGGUCUCUUCAUGUGUGUCGGGCCUCCAGCUUUCACAGUACUUGCUCUUAUCGGAAUGGCUCAUUCUCUGCCUGAUAACCUUGCACUCGAGGUCGACGACAACUUUCUCGACGUUAAGGAUGUGAGGACAACAGCCCUGAUUGUUGGAGGAUUUAUGUGGGCCCUUUCCCUUUGGUGGUUCUUCAUUGCCGCCAUUUCUGUUAUCCUCUCUCCUCCCAAGUUUUUUCAUCUCGGCUGGUGGGCCAUGGUUUUCCCGAAUACCGGUUUCUGUCUCGCUACGAUUUCCGUCGCAAAACAAUUUGACAAUCAAGGCCUUAAGAUACUAGGAACCGUCAUGUCGGCAAUUGUCUUUGUUCUGUAUUUCGUAGUGAUACAGUCUCAGGUUAAAGCAGUGUGGCGGCAAGACAUCCUCUACCCAGGCCGGGAUGAGGACUUCAACGACCAUUAG